AUGGCGUCUUCUUCUCUCAAGCUUUUCUGUUUCUGUUUCUUCCUAACAAUCUUCGUCACCUUGGGAAGUUCCUCUUUAACUCAGCUCGACGACACGAGCUUGAAGCUGAUGAGCGACGCCAUGGAGUGGCCGACGACAAUGUUGCUCUACGACGAGCUCGCCGACGGCGACUUCGUCGACCGGAGAUCUCUGUUCUGGAGAGGUACGACGAGGUACUACAUAUCGUACGGAGCUCUGUCGGCGAACAAAAUCCCUUGCCUGCCUCGCUCCGGCAGAUCUAACUACACCCACAAUUUCUUCAAAGCCAGAGGCCCAGUUCACCCACCAGAGGUUGCUCCAGAAUCACUCGCUGCCGACGCUGAUUUUGAUGUC